AGGUUGACGUCACGACGAGCACGUUGAUAUUGGACUCGGCUUUUCAGCUUUGAGAAGAAAGCGGCACAGAGUCUUCGCAACUGGAGUCUACUCCGAGCCUCAUUUCUCGACUUCUCUGAGACCUUGGUCACCUGCGAAAGCCUCUCGUCGGCUUCCCUUCCCCAAAGAAGAAUAUUUCUAAAUAACGCGCACCAGUGGAAUAUGGCGGCAGAGCAGUCGGCGGGAGUGGAGGAACUGUACAAGAACUUCGGGGUCCUCGCGGACGCUGGGGAGACAGCAGGGGAGAAACUGGCCGAGUAUGAUGGGAUACUGCAGGCUGCCAAGGGUUCCGCCAAUGAGAAAAAGCUUGCAGCUGGCUUUAUCACCAGGUUCUACCACCUGUUUCCCACCAUGGCGGAGACUGCUAUGGAUACUCUCCUGGACCUAGUAGAGGAGGAAAAUGACAUGAUACGACGUACAGCCAUCAAGGCCCUGCCAGACAUCUGCAAGAGAAGUCCGGACCCAGCUCUGUGUGCCAAGGUCUCGGAAUAUCUCACACAGCUACUGGCCACUGAGGAUGUGAUAGAUCUUGCACUGGUGAAGACAGGACUGGCCAGCCUGCUCCAGAAGAACACGCCGGCUGCCAUGGAUGGCAUCUUCUCCCAGGUGGGAGGGGAGGAUGAAGGAGUGAGGGAACAAGCCAUCGAUUACGUCAGCUCUUCUCUGAUGAGCAUGCGGCACAUUCUUUUCAUUCCUCACCCGGAGAAUGAGAAACAACUGGUCCGACACGUCAAGAAGGUGUUGUCAGAUGUGACAGGAGAGGAAUUUGAGGUAUUCAUGGAAAUGCUGUCAAAACUACAGUUCCUUGCCACUGGUUAGCAUGUGCCUCUAGUCAUGUGACUUUUAACACUGUGUCAUGUGAUCCACACUCUAUGUCAUGUGACUGUCAGCGGAGGGAGCACAGGAGGUGAUGGACGUCAUAGUGCAGCAAGCCGAGCUAUCUGCAGAGUUCAAGGUAGAGGACGGAGAGAGUGUGGACCGGUUUAUAACCUGUUUCAAACAGGCUCUCAAGUUCUGCAAGAGAGGCUGCGAAGCUACUCAAUUUGUGGUGUACCUCUGUCAGAACAUCCUCCCAUCUUUUACUGCCAUCUCAGAAGAUGGGAGACAGGAGGUGCUGCGGCUGUUGGCGGAGUCCUCCAUGUUCCAUCUCCCUGACGACACCAUUAACACAUGUCUCCCUCCCAUCUUCUCCCUCCUACUGGAGUAUGUUCCUCUCCCUCCCCCAGAAGAAGGGGAAGCCCCCAGUUUCCAAUACUCAACUGUAGAAUGCCUUCUCUUUGCCUUCCACCAACUGGCACAGAAGUCCCCAGGGUUCCUAACAGACGAAGCUAACUCUGAGAGACUGAAAGACUUUAAGAAAAGGUUGCAGUAUUUUGCCAGGAAGUGUCAGGCCUAUCACUCCAGUCUGCAGGCUGCCGUCAAGAGCAGUGGGAUUGAGGUUAAUGAUGAACAGGCGAAGCUAAGAACUGUGGCCAUAAAGAUCACAGCCAACAUCAGCAGUCUUGUCAGAGAUUUCUUCCACAAUCCUCCAUCCUAUCAGGCAAAGGUGAAGCUGUCCUGGGGACCAGAGAAGACUGUGGUACAGAGAAAACGGCCAUCCUUGGCCACAGCUGAAACCACGCCCUCCAAAAGAAAGCCGUCUCCAAUCAGGUUUGAAGACUCAGAGACAGGGGCAGCCAGCAACGGGAAGAACAAGAGAGCUGAUCAGUCGUUAUACCAACCUCCACGGGACCGCUUCAGCAGCAGCUUGGGAAAUAAUGGACCUCCAUUCACAGGGGGA